AGAACACAUGCUGCUAGGCAUUUAUGGCGCAAACAAUUGCUUCAGAGUAAAUAUCACGCUGCGUGAUAAGCGAUAAGACUGCGAAUUGAAAAGAGGAGGUGCUGCGAUUAUAAUUAUCAAUUUUUCCCCGUACUCUUCUUCAUAAGUUAUGGCUGGUGUUCCACUGGUCACCAAAAAUGAUUUCAGAAAGAAGGUAUGGGACCAUUUAGAAAAGAAUGAUUUGGCAGAGUUUCCAAGACCUGUGCAUAAUAGAAUCCCCAACUUCAAGGGCGGCGCGACGGCGGCGCACUCGCUGGCCGCACUCGACGAGUUCAAGCAGGCCAAGGUGGUGAAGGUGAACCCGGACAAGCCGCAGGAGACCGUGCGCUUCCUGGCACUGGAGGCAGAGAAGACGGUGCUGGUGCCGACGCCGCGGCUCCGUCACGGCCUCUUCAACCGGCUGACGCCGCCGGGACUCUCCAAGGAAGAGCUGCGCCGCGUGUCACGCGCCGAGGGCGUCAGCAAGUUCAGCUCGCCCGUCGGACUGGACAACAUCGUGCCCGUGGACCUGAUCGUCGUCGGAUCGGUGGCCGUCUCCAAGGAUGGAUACCGUAUCGGCAAGGGCGAGGGCUACGCUGACCUGGAGUACGCGAUGGCUCGCGGUUCGGGGGCCGUCUCCGAGGAUACGCUGGUCAUCACCACCGUCCACGACGACCAGGUGUUCGCCUCGCUGCCGCCGGAGCUGUUUGGCUCCCACGACCUCACCGUGGACGUGAUCGUGACACCGACCCAGGUGAUCCGCGUCAGCAAGCGGCACCCCAAGCCGACCGGCAUCAUCUGGAAGCUGGUCACACCGCGCAAACUGAAGGCCAUCCCCGUGCUGAAGGCUUUGCGUGAGGUCGAGGCAGUGGCCGGCAAGGACGUGACGCUCGGAGAACCAACGGAGGCCGAGCUGGAGGACGCCGCCGCGCGCAAAGGCCGCCGGCUGCGGGCUGACAUGGCCCCCGACUCCGGUCGGCCGGCCGGUCCCGGCGGGCCGCGCCGCCGCCGCCGUGAGGUGGGUGCCGGCGACGCCGAGCCCUCGCACAGCGACUACGACGACGACGGCGCGGACAAGCGGCGCCGGCGGCGUCCGGCCGCGCCGCGCCGCCGCCGCCGCGUCGCCAGUGACGCGGCCGCGAGCGACGCUCAGGAGGAGCCCGAGGACGAUAUGCGCCACCAGCCGCGCCGCCGGCGCCGGCCGCCGCCGCCAGUCGAGCCGGUGCGACACGACGACGAGGAGACGCGGCGGCCGCGCGUGCGUCGCGAACGGCCGCCCAUCGACCACGCCGACGGCCUGACUGUGAUCGUGCGCCGGAUCCCGUCGGACGCACGACCCCGCGAUCUGCGCGAGGCCAUCAUGGCGGCCGACUCUCCGGCCACCAUCCUCUCGUGGAAGGGCCGCCAGGGCGUGGCGCUGCUGCGCCUGCGCUCGGCGGAAGAUGUGGAGCAUCUCCUGGAUGCCGGUGACAGCUUUAAGCUCGUCAACGAAGUAGUGUUGCUGGAGAAGUACGACCAGAAGCGCGCCGCGCCGCCCGCAGACCGGCCAGCUCGCUCUGAGAGGGCGGACCGCUCUGAGCGGCCCGAGAAGGCUGAGCGCGCCGAGCGCAAGGAGCGCAGUGAGCGGAGGAGGCGGCCGGAGCGCGAGGAUCGGUCGCGCAGCGGCGGGCGCCGCCGGCAGGGCCCGCGGCCCGUCUCGCACGAAGAGGCUGAACUGACGGUGUUCAUCGGCCGGCUGCCGGCCACCACGCGCGUGCGCGAGCUGCGCGCCGCGCUGUUGGCUGCCGGCGCGCAGGAGCCCUCCAUCGCGUGGAAGGGACGCCGCGGCAUGGCGUUCGUGCGCCUGAAGACCCCAGAGGCUGCCGAGCAGCUGGUGGCCGCCGCCGACCAGCUGAAAGUGAUCAGCGACGAGCUGGUGGUGGAGCGAUACAAGGGCCGCGAGCACCACGACUCCGAGGACGGCGCAGAGGAGACGGACAAGGCGCCCGCCAGAAAACCCCGCAGGGAAGCUGCAGAGACGAUCACCGCGGUUGGCAAUGGGGAGAGCGAGAGGGUGCCGCCGGCUACUGUGAAGGAGGACGUCAAGCCGACAGUGGAUGGCUCGAAGAAGAAAGACAAGGCUUCUGAUGCUGCGAACAGCACGGCGAAGCCCGCGGCUACGCCGGCUACGGAUUCGUCCAAAGCAGCCGCUGAUGGUGCGGCGAAACUCUCCAGUGAUUCCAAGCCUGCGGAAGCAGCGAAGUCACCACCAGCGAAUUCGAAACCAGCGCCAGUAAAAGAUGAGCCGGCACCCGCUAAGGCCGAGCCGGCACCCGCUAAGGCCGAGCCAGCACCUGCUAAACCCGAGCCAGCUCCUGUCAAGACUGAGCCGACACCCGCUAAAGCCGAGCCAGCUCCUGUCAAGACUGAGCCGGCACCCGCUAAAGCCGAGCCAGCACCCGCUAAGACGGAACCAGCACCUACAAAGGCCGAGCCAGCACCCGCAAAGACAGAGCCUGUACUUUCAAAGACGGAGCCCGCACCUGCAAAGCCCGAGUCAACACCCGCUAAGACGGAGCCAGCCAAGACAGUGUCUGAGCCUGCAAAGGCGGCGGAACCAGCACCUGCCAAAGCGGAGCCGACGCCCGUAAAAGCAGAGCCACCUGCUGCACCGGUUAAAACCGAGCCCGUCCAACCGGACCCAGCGUCCACUAAGAAGUCUGAGUCGACGCCGGCUAACAGUGAGCCUGCGAAAAACGCUGCAGAGCCUGCCUCUGCGAAUGAGUCAACGCCGGUGAAGACGGAGUCAAACGCUGACAAACCGGACUCGAAACCACCGCCAGCGAACUCGGAACCGGCGAACGUGAAAGCAGAACCAGCAGAGACCGACUCCAAGGCGGACAGUGCUGCCGCUGAGAAGCCGGCGACUCCGUCCGAGACGGCGAAUCAGGCGCCUGCGGGCGACGCCGCCGCCUAGUCUCUGCGGGCAGCGGACGCGGCUCCCGGCUGUGGCUGGCCCGUCACGCUGGCCGCUAACGCUGCCUGCCCCGCGCACACACUGCCAUACACCCAUGGGUAGAGCCCUUCCGUUUGCGUGCCGCUUGUAGGUGUUCUGGCGGCGACCGUCUUAGUCUGCGAGUACCUGGUGGGGCGCGCCUCCGGCCGCGCAGCCGCGCCGUGAGGCGGCACGCUGCGGCCGGUCGGCAGGCCGGCGCCGGCUCGAUGGUCGCCCGGCACCGGCCGCCGCCUGUCGUGCCAGUCGUGUGGUAUCGUCUCAUCCGCAUGCCGCCUGGGAGUCCGGUGAGCGACUGUAACUGUGUUCUUAUUAAGACAAUCUAGGUUUUGUGGGUGGUGUGGGCUCAGGCUCGGGCGUACGUACCUUUGUGAGUUGUAUCAUCCGCAAGGGUUAGACAAGCGAUGACAAUAUCGGGAAUCUUGAAAAUCUAGGAAGAGCUUUCAAUGUGUGCAACUCUCGCUUAAAGUGCGACAAUAUGGAGAAUCUAAAGCGACCUCAUUCUUGCAGCCUUCGGUAACUCGAAGGAACUGAUAAGAUACAUACUAUUCAAUGGUGCUCUCUAAAUCUCAAAAGCGAUGCUUCCUUCGUGCACAGAUGCGGGGCGAUUAGAAAUAUGGUUACUGGUUGCUUCACGUGUGUUCGUCUUAAUCAGAUCAUGCCUGCUCCAACCAUCAUGCACAGCUCAAAUUAACAUCUCAGAACUUUCCUUGCUGUUUUUCGCCGUUCGCCCUAAGACCUCUGGUUCCUUCGUUUGUUUCGUUUACCGGGGGACAGGUGCGCGGCGCCGCAUGCUUCAGUUGCAUAGUUGGCCGUGUGUUGGGCCGCGGAGGCUGAUCGUUUGUCGGUUUGUGUUGUGUGUUUGUGAUGCCGCGCGGGGCCGGUCGGUGGGCACCGACCGAGGGGCAGAGCCGUCCAGCGCUGAGGCGGCGUUUGUGUUGCGUUUAACCCUUGCUAGGAGCUGUGGGUUGAUAAUUAAUGUUGACUGGUUAUUAAUAAAUAUUUCAACUAA